AGUUUGCAUGAGCAUUUUUCAAUUCGACUGAAAGUACGCACAACAUCAAACAUGGCUCGCAAAUACGUGAUCGGCGGCAACUGGAAGAGCAACGGAACCCAAGCGUCGGUGGCGUCGCUCAUUGAAAUGCUCAACGGCGUGACCGUGGACACCGAGUCCGUUGAAGUCGUGAUUGCUCCCCCGGCGAUCUUCCUUGCCACCGCGAAAGCGAACCUCAAGCCCGAAAUCCAAGUGAGCGCCCAAAACGUGAGCCUCACCGGCCUCGGAGCAUACACGGGAGAAAUCGCCGCCGAACAUCUCGUUGAUUUGGGAGUGCAAUGGACGUUGACCGGGCACUCGGAACGCCGCGCGUUGUACGGCGAAACCGACUUUGUCGUGGCCGAAAAGACCAAGCGCGCGUUGGACCACGGGUUGAACGUGAUUUUGUGCGUGGGUGAAUCGCUCGAUGAACGCAAGUCGGAUCAGACGCUGAACGUGAUCACGCGCCAGCUCAAGGCCGUGGCCGACCUUCUCGUGAACGACUUAAGUUUGUGGAGCCGUGUUGUCGUCGCGUACGAACCCGUGUGGGCGAUUGGCACGGGCGUGGUCGCCACCCCGGAGCAGGCCCAAGACGCACACAAGAACCUCCGGGCGUACGUCACCAGCCACAUCAACCCCGAAGUGGCGAGCGAACUGCGCAUCAUUUACGGCGGCUCGGUAAACGCCAAGAACUCGGCCGAGCUCAUUGCGUUGCACGACGUGGACGGCUUCCUCGUCGGCGGUGCUUCCCUCAAGCCCGAAUUCGUCGACAUCAUUCAAAGCGCGCAAUAAAUAGACAAUUUAAUCAACCCACCAACAUUCUUUCCCAAAUACUAUUAAUCAACCCAACCCCGUGAAUUAUGGUUAUCAUAAGUAUCCGGC